UCCAACUCCCACCCCGGCCUCAAAUUCCUAUUUAUCCAAUUUUGUUUUCUUCUCUCUAAGGCCCCAAACCAUUAACCAUGGCGAGAAAGAAGGUUAAGCUUGCACUGAUUGCUAACGAAUCGGCUAGGAGAACCACUUUCAAGAAAAGGAAGAACGGUUUGAUGAAGAAGGUGAGUGAACUUAGCACUCUAUGUGGCGUCAGUGCUUGUGCCAUCAUUUACAGUCCCUAUGAUAAACAGCCAGACGUUUGGCCCUCUGCAUCCGAUGCCCAGCGCGUGCUUGCAAGGUUUAAGAACUUGCCUGAGAUGGAACAAAGCAAGAAGAAGAUGAACCAGGAGGUCUUCCUCAGGCAAAGGAUAUCCAAAUUGAAGGAGCAGCUGAAGCGGCAAGAGAAAGACAAUCGAAAACAUGAGAUGACUAUACUUAUGUACCAGACCUUAGCAGGUAAGAGCUUGAACGAUGUGCUCAUCGGGGAUUUGAACGAUUUAGCAUGGUUAGUGGACGAGAAAUUGAAAGAAAUCCAAGAGAGGAUCGAACAGCUUAGGAGAACACCACCCCGUUUUAUUGCAGUUGAAGAGAGUAGGUGUGGCGACGACACUGAUGUACAAGAAAAUAAUAAAACAGCCUUAGAGUUCAUGGCCAUGGACGCACUGCAAGCACAAACAUUACCCAGCUGCUGGUUCAUGGAAGUUAUGAACCCACAUGAACAUAUUAUGGGUUCGGGUUCCGGCGGGGAUUCGAUAGGAGUCGUGCCUUAUGACAGUGAUGCCACUUACUGGUCAAAUGCUUUCUUUCCUUAAUUUAAUUACAAGGAGUUUUUCUUGGUUUAAAAUCUUCUAAUUACCAAGUUCAGCUUGUUAAAUUGGGUUUCAUCACUUAUGUUUCAUGUAGAUAAAUAACUCAUCCUAAGUAGGUUAUUUCCUUAUUGCUUUGUUUUAAUGUCAAUCUAUUUAGUCUGCUUUAUCUCUAGACUGAGAAUGUUUGGGAUAAUACAUAUGUUC